UCCUUUGCCCUAAAUUGCUUUGUUUCUUAAUCCUGCUGGCUUCCAGUUCAUAGUCUUGUGUUUCGGGAUGUGUCUGCUUUUUUCCUCUUGUCCUAAACACAGAUUUUCACUGUGAAACCCAAUCCAGUCUGCAGUUUCUUGUCAUAGUCUCUGCUAGGGCCUGGAUUUCCAUGUGUAAGGGACACAUAAUGGUUAAGGAAAAAAUGACAUGGAAGUAGGAUAUCAAUAUCUGUCUACAGCUGCCUUAGCUGAGAAUAUGACAUGUGUCAGGUCCUGACAGCAGAAUCAGAGGAAGCAUUUGACUGGAUUUUUUCCAACUUUCCUACACAGUAAAAUAGGAUGGAACAGUCUUAGUAAGACUGGGGAAAUUUCAAGUAGCAUCUGGCCCACUUUGACAUGAACACCUUUGUUAAACCUAGGCAUGUACUAAGUGUUUGAAGUCAAUGUAGUGCGAGUGGAUAAAAAAAGAGCAUGGGAUAAGAAAUGGGGCAGGUGGGUUGUAGGCUGCAUCUUUUCAGAUAGACCAUCAUCUCUGACUUCCUAAAGAGCAAUGACUUUGUUGUUGGCCUUAGAACUGUAAAGACAAGAAAAGUGACAAGGUGAGCAUAGAAUGCUCACAAUACACUUACUAUCAAAUAAUAAAAAUACGUGUGCAAGCUGUAAUUAAUCCUAAAGACACAUUGAGAUGAUUUAAUUUUAAUUCCCUGUAGCAUUAUGAAUGUAACAAACAAACAACUUAUGCCACACAGAUGAAUAUCAGUGUGCACCAUGAUGGCACUCCAUGAAGUCUAGGUAGAAGAAUGUCAAAGUGAUUGGGAAUCUGUGGUUGAAGAUAAGAGAACACUAAGAGGUAGGCUGACCCUGGGGAUGGGUCAUGAGGAAGUGAGACAUCAUCCCUUCCAGAAUAUUUGUCCCAAAAGACCUGGAGGAACACUGAGUCAGAGACUGUGAUGGAGAGUCUACAAGGGGUACUGGAGAAGAACCAUGCCUUCACCCAGACCAUGACACCUCUGGUGUUUCCACACACAUGGCCACCUGCAAGGUCUGAGAAGCCCCCAGGGGAGCUUAGACAAACCUGAUUCCAAGGUUCAUCAUCUCACUGAUCUCGCUGAGCAGGACAGUGGGCUCUUUUCUUCAUAGCUAUACCCCAAGAGAAGAUGACUGUCAGUGUUUACUAAGUGAAUCUCUAUCCCAGUCUAUGAAGGUGUUCAGGAGGCCCUUCUGUUAUCUGUCUCCCUGCAGCCUGAUCUGGGGCACGGCAGUGGUGGUGUUGUGCACAGCACAAGUGCAAGUGGUGACCCAGGAUGAAAGAAAGCUGCUGAACACACCUGCAUCCUUAAGAUGUUCUCUGCAAACUUCCCAGGAAAUCUUAAUUGUGACAUGGCAGAAAAAGAAGGCUGUAAGCCCAGAAAACAUGGUCACCUACAGUGAGAACCAUGGGGUUGUGGUCCAGCCUGCCUAUAAGGACAGGGUAAACAUCACUGAGCUGGGAUUCCACAAAUCAGCCAUUACCUUCUGGAACACAACACUGGAGGAUGAAGGGUGUUACAUGUGUCUCUUCAAUACCUUUGGCUCUGGGAAGAUCUCAGGAACAGCCUGCCUUACCCUCUAUGUACAGCCCAUAGUAUUCCUUGACUACAAUUUCUUUGAAGACCAACUAAACAUCACUUGCUCUGCCACUGCCCGCCCAGCACCUGUGAUCUCCUGGAAGGUCAGUGGGUCAGGGAUUGAGAAUAGUACUGAGAGUAUUUUGCAUCAUAAUGGGACCACAUCUGUCACUAGCAUCCUACGGGUCAAAGAUGCCAAGAGUCAGGUUGGGAAGGAGGUGACCUGCCAGGUCCUGCACUUGGGAACUGUGAUUGACUACAAGAAGACUCUGAACAAAGGCUUUUGGUUUUCAAUUCCAUUAUUGUUAAGCAUAGUUUCCCUGGUAAUUCUCCUGGUCUUAAUCUCAAUCUUAUUAUACUGGAAACGUCAUCGGAAUCAGGACCAAGCAUUCCACAAUCCAGAUGCCCAUUUAAGAGACUGUGAAAUUGUCCAGUAUGAUCACUCAUUAAAUAACACUUCCUAUGUUACACUCCCAUGAUGUCUCAAACACUAUUGGCAACAUACAGAGCCCUAGAGGAGUUACACAGAACCAUGAAAGUUUUUCUCUGGUCUACUUGAAUUUGAUAGAAGAGAAUAGCAGGAGGAAAACGGGUCAUUCUGCAAGGGAUCUAGAAGUGCAAACAAGGUGGAAGCAAGUGUUUUAAGAAAUCUACAACUUUUCACUGCUAUUUAAGCUACACAGUGUUUGAAUUCCAACAGGAAGUCAUUUGCCUGGUCAGGUCUGUUAUAGGACUUGAUUGUGUAAAGCAGAGCAGCAUUGAUACUGACAGAUCACUGGACUUAAGAAUUUGGAGCGCUGAGCUCACAGGAUGACUGAGGCUCCUGCAGGUGGAAACCCUAUGUUAGUGACUUUACCUCAAUGAGCUUCCAUGUCCUUACCCAGAAUAGAAAUGAAUUGGACCAAAUAAUUUACCAUGCUGCUCUAUGAACUGAUGCAAUUACAGGAAAAUGAAUAAGUCAAGGAAGACAUAAAAACAGAGAAGAAUACAGUAAGGUCCAAAAAACUUUUCUGAGACUACCUUUUGCCCUUCUAUUGGUGUUAUGUCUCUUGAAUGCCUCUUUAUUCUUAGGUCCAUGAGUCUUUUUCCCCAUGAUUUGUUAUCUAGUCCACUCCCUGCUCACUGUUUUGCUAAUCAUUGACCUUGCUAAACUCUGAUUUCCCUGCCAUUCUUCAUGUGCUUCUCUAAAGGUUUAUUAUGUCAAGGACAGAAUGUAUUGUGAAAUAACAUUCCCAACCUUAUCUAUUUAACUUAUUUUUAUAGAAAAAUAAAUAUUGUUAGUGAUAGACAAUAGCUCACAAUUUAAAGAAGCAUGCUUCCCUCUCUAUUUGUCUCAUAAUGUGACCCACCCCUGUUUUAGGUCAUUCUGAAGUCAGCCUAGUAUAAUGAAAAUAUAUUAUGAAAACAUUUAAGAUAUUUCCUGCAUACUUGUCAGCUAAUUCAUAUGUUUUGUCUCUCCUGGCUUCUUUUUACAUGAGUUAACUUUUCACAAAAGAGGAAGAGGCAAGUAUGAACAUACAAUCCCUUUGUUUUAAAAGAUUUUCUAAGUAAUAGAACAAUAUUGAUUUCAUAAAUAAUCAUAAGACCAAAUCAGUGGGUUUUUUCCUAGUAUCUUUUGCUUCUUCUGUCUUUAUUCAGUGACCUAGGAAUUAAAAUGUAUAUUCAUUUUCAACCAGCACUCCAAAAAAUUUUAAUUUUAAAUAUCAUAGGAAAAGACAAUGAGGGUCACAACCCCUCAAAGACCAAUGGAAUGAAUCCAUUAGGCAAGACAAGACAAGACAAGAAUUUAAAUGCAGAGGGGGAAAAUCCUAUAACAGGAAAAGUCACUACAAGGAUAAGUCAAUACAUAUCAGUUGUAACCAUCAAUGUUAAUGGUCUCACCAAUCAAAAGAAAUAGACUGGCAGAAUGGGUCAAGAAGCAAGAUCCAACCAUAUGCUGCAAACAAGAAACACGAUUAAAAAAGAAACAUAGAUUGAAAGUUAAAGGGUGGAAAAAAAUAUGCCAUGUGACAGGAACCUGAAAAAAAGCAGAAAUAGCUAUCCUAUUUGCAGAUAAAACAGAUUUCAAACCUAGUUGCUUUUGCUAAUGUUUUUUGGUUUUUCUCCUGGUACUGGCGACUGAACUCAGGACCUUGCACUUGCCAGGCAGGUCCAGUACCACUGAGCUAUGUCCCCAUCCCAGCUUUUGCUAAUGUUUUGAGUAAUAGUUUGAAUAGGAGUGGUGAUAGUGAUCUUGUUCCUCAUUUUAAAAGGAAAGUUUUUCAGUUUUCCCCCAUUUAAUAUGAUGUUGGCAGUAGGUUUGUCAUAAAUGUUUAUCAGAUUGAGAUUACAUCCUUCUAUAUAAAAAAAAGUAUGUUCAUUUUCACUGUUUAAUAUUUAAGCUUUUCAUGUGUUGUUUAAUUCUGUGUUAUUUCUUACAUUUGUAUUAAAAUACUGAGCAAUUAAAAGUAUCAAUUCUAAAUA